UAUAAAAGAAGUUUCAUCUGACAAGCAAAGCCAGAAACCAGACCAGUGAGCGCAGUUCCGACGACUCAAUUCGAAUCAAGCUUACGUUCAGUUAUUCGUUGGGCAAAUUCACAAAAGUCAAGCAAACAUAUUCUGGCUAGGUAAUUGGCAAUCGAACUGACCUGCAAUGGAGUACAUCAUGAAAAUGGCCGAGGCGGUUGCUCAGCAAUCGAAGCAGGAGGAGGAAGAAGGCAGUCGCUUCAAGUCCGUCUUCACCAUCAACGGCAAGUCCAUUCUGCCGCCCCUGAUGACGCCUGAGCGCCGCCUGGAGAUGCAGCAGCUGCGUCGGGCAGCCAUGGCCAUAGAGGAGCGCGGACGAGCCGGACGCCAGACGGCAAUGUCGCCCAGUGGAGCCACGGAGCAGGUGCAGCAGCCCAGGAGCGCAGCAGUCGCGGAUGCCGGCACCAACACCGAGUCGGAAUCGGAGCUGGUGCAGCAGCCGCUGACUGUCGUCGGCCGCAUCAAGCAGCAGCUGCAGCAGUCGGAGACGCUGAUCUACGACAACAAAUGCAAUGCCAUCAUCAAGUUCGUCAAGUCCAGCAAAUUGCCGGCCAGGCAGCAUAUUGUGCGCGAGGAGUACUUGGAGAUCCGGCCACAGCAGGCAGUGCUUAGAGAGCCGGACUUAAUCUGCGGCGUCGUGUUGAGCACCACACUGGAAGCGGCAGAGCCUAUGCCCAGCCAGCCAGUGCCAAGCCUUAGAGGCAGCCCUCUGCAACAGCAGGAGCUGGCAGCGAGUGGCUCGGAUGCCAGCCCAGUGCAGAUAAGUCCGAAAGGCAGUCCGCCACAUAAAAUUCAGACCAUGCGGCAGCUGCUGGGCAUCGCGCAGAGGCUGAACUUGUCGAUUAACAAGCGGGAACGCGACCUGCUGCAGCGCGCCAUCACGAGUCCUGUGCUGCGUUCGCGAGCUGAGACUGCGACGUCCGGCCGCGGCAGCAGCACGGCUCGUGGUGAGCGACUGCAUCCCCAGCUGUGGAAACGAUAUCACUCCUCUGUGGUGGCGGCGGCGGCGACUGCGACUGCGACUGCGACUGCAGUGGCGUCUGAGGAGGCGGCAGCGGUGGAGCUGACCAGCUCAGCGACCGAUUGUGCGACAGAAUCGCCAAAUGUGAGUGUGUCGAGUGCUGCCCUAUCGCCUAGCAAGAUACAGGUGAAGCAGCAGCACUCGACACCGGAGCAGCGGAACAGCAAGGCCAGCAAGUCCGCGCUGCCCAAGCGGACGAACAGCAGCAAAAGCGACAAGCGGACGCCGCGCGGCCGCAGCACUGUGAGCUACGCGGCGCACGCCUCCUCGCACGCCAAUGCCGUGCAGCGGGGCGCCAGCGACAGCAGCACGCGGAUCAGCAGCACGCAGCGUCGGCUCAGCUACGAUCCGCGUGCCACGCUCAAGCGAGCCGCCCCGCGGAAGGUCGAGUCGAGCAGCAGCUGCGGCACGCUGCCCACGUCCAAGACGUCGCCGUCGAGCAGCAGCAGCGUCAGUCAGGCGCGGGCAGUGCCCAGUGCCGAGUGCAGCACAUCGGAGCUGAUCAGGCGCAGGCUGCUGGACGAGAUGGAGCAGCAGCAACGACAGCGCUUCCAGCAGUUGGUCUCGCAGCAGGCCGAAGAGCAGCAGCGUCUGCAGGCUGAGUUCCAGGUGCAGCAGCAGCAGCUGAUGGACCAGAUGAUUUGUGACAUGAGCACGCUCACCUACGACAAGGACGGGCAGUCCGACCAGGCCAACUCGGAGUCCAGUUCGAUCAGCUCCCUGCCGCAGAGUCGCCUCGAUCUCGAGCUGGACGAACCAGACUCGGCCGACGUCUAGCACCACUAGCACCACUCGCACCACUCGCACCACCAGCACCACUUUUGUAUCAAAUCCAUUAAUAAAUAAUAAAAAUCCACAUUCGCUUGGGCAACGUA